AACCCCAUAUAUAAGUUGUCAAUUCUCAAGGGCCCAUUUCCCUUCCAUCUCUGCCUCACUCUUCUCCACACUAACACCCAAGAUGCGGAGCCUCCACUGCGCUCUCCUCCUGCUCGCCGUCGCCGCCGCCGCCGUCCACCACCUGCCACCGGCCGCGUCGUUGCCGGCAAUGCCGAACCCAGCGUCGCUCGAGCCGUCGCUGCUCUUCCCGUCGUCGUCCGGCGCGUCCUCCCAGCCGGCGCAGCCCGGCCCCGGCGCCGCGUCGUCCACCAUCCCGGCGUUCCCGGAGCAGUCGGAGGCCGCCGCCGCCACCUCCGUCUGCCAGCUCGCCCCGUCCCCGCCCCUUCUCCCCGCCGUCCUCGCCUCCUGCAACGCCGGGGGCGGCGCGCUCCCGCCGCGGCUGCGUUGCUGCCCCGCGCUCGCCGCCUGGAUGUACGCCGCGUACGCGCCCACCGCGCUGCUGGCAGCGGCGGCAGGAGGAGGCGGAGGCGUGCCCGGCGCGGCGCACUCCACGGCGUCGGCGGCGGAGGCGGUGGCGGCGGUGGUGGACCUGCCGGUGCUUCCCGACGACGCGGAGGAGUGCGCCGGCGCGGCGGAGCGCGCUCUGCUCGCGGCGGGUGCGUCGCUGCCGCCGCCGCCGCCGCCGUCGCAGGUGGGCGCCAACGGGACGACGGCGGCGGCGGCGUGCGACGUGCCGUUCUGCUACUGCCGGGUGAGGCUGAGGCGGCCGGCGUGCGCGGCGCCGGCGGGGAGGGCGGCGAGGAGGCUGGAGAAGGCGUGCUCGCGGCCGGGGCUCGCCGGCUGCUCCAGGUGUCUCCGGGCGCUGAACCAGCUCAACGGAGGGAACGCCACGAAAGCGGCCAACGCGAGCCACGGCGGCGCGCAGGCGCAGCAGCAGCAGCAGCGCCAGCGCGACUGCCAGCUCAUGGGGCUGACGUGGCUGCUCCACCGGAACGCCACGCGGCACGGCGCCGCGGCCACGGCGGUGAUCCAGGCGCUCAUGGCCGCCGACGACGCCACCGGCCGGCCCGCCCCUUGCUCGCUCCCCUCCGACGACCUGCCGGUCGCCGUCGCCUCGUCGGAGAUCAACGGCGCCGCCGCCUCCAAGCUCGCUGGCGGUGGACUGAAUAUCGGCCGCCUCCUCCUUCGUCACGCCGUCGUGCUGGCUGCUUUCGCCAUGAUCUUGUCGUCGCAGUACUGCUUCUGAAUGAUCAUCGGUAAAAUUUGCUAGUUAGUUAAUGUCUGUGUGAGAUUGAUGUCGAUCGUUUUUUUUUCUUUAGUUAGUUCUUCAAAGAGUAGGGAUUGCAUUUCGUUAAUGUAAUUAUGUGCUGUCCUGGAUCCAGCUAGCUAGCAAAUCUGAUUAUCUGAGAGUGAGCACUGAGCAGUAGCAUGAAUAUCAAUGAAUCAGUUGUACGGAAAUUUUAGCACUAA